AUGAAUCCAUUGGUUUACUUAGUGAAAGUUGUACGCAAAAUGAAGGAGUUUCUUAUAAGGGUUUUGCGGUUAAACAACUGCAAUUGGCCGGAACUGAGUAGGUACUGUGGUUGCUGUACGCUCUCUACUGGAAUUUAUAUCCGGUCAAUUUUAAGUCUGAUGUUAGUGGUUAUCCUAAUCGUUAUCAAUUCUUAUGGACUAUCGAAAUUAUUUACCACUGCGACUGCCCUGGAUGGCGUAACAGUCACAGUAAUUGGUGAUCGGUUCAACAAAACAAUCACUGAAGAAGACCUCGUUAUGGUCCAAAAUAUAAUGUUGGCAUUGAAGAUCUAUCUAAUCAUAUGGAUUAUUUUGAAGUGUAUAUAUAUUGUUACCAUUUUGGCGGGAUUUUACGCUAUCUUUUUCAAAAAACCCAAGAUUUUGAAAUUUGUUUUCUACACGAUGAUACCGAACUGGAUUUUUGAUAUUAUAAUAUUAGUCGGAGCUAAAACCUUUCUAAUAUUGCCAAUACAAGUAUUAUUCUUCGUCGGUGUAUGUUCCGAGUUCUACAACUUGAUCGCCAUCAACAGUCAAUACAGGCAAAUGGCGUUCAAAUCCCGCAUCGUCCCCGAAGAGCCCCUGACCACUACAUUUACAAGUCAGGUCGAAGCGUGGAACCCAAAUAUAAACGGUGGGUCCCAUUGCCGAACCUGCGUUUGUCCCACACCACCUUACAUGGAAAUCAGAUCUGAAAGAACCACUGUUACCAGCCUCUCAUCACCUGAAACUCCUUCGGAAUCCUUCGAUGUCUUAAGUCAAGAAACAGAAGACAAAGUGGUGAAUUUUAAAGAUGGACCCAUUAUCUACAACCAAGAACAAUUGCAGCCACGUGACGUGCUGUUUGUGAGACGAGAUAGAGAGAGAGAUGAGGGUGAUAUAGAUAAUAGAGAUUUGCGACAUUCGGAUGAAGUAAGGCGAUCGAGAAGACCCAAUUCGCUUGCGCUUUAA